UGAAGGCGUCGCCGCUCCCCGCAGCCAUGCCGGUCGCUCUUACAUUCGGUAAUUAUUGAUUUCUAUCGCGUGCAUGUAUGAAUUAGCAAUAAUAUUUAAUCAGAUCUAGCCUCGUACAUGUCUGCAUUAUUCGAAUUUGACGAUCUUUAUAUUUGGUUGUUGGGGAAAUUGAGGAGGGGAAAACGAAAUGUUUUUUUUAUUUUUCUCUUUCCCUUAAUCGCACGCUUUGUUGUCAUUACUGAGGUUUCGGAAUUGAGGAAGCUAAACUGACAUGGGCUGGUCAGUGAUAGUGAGCUAAAGUUGAAUCUGGCUGUCGGUGGCUGUCUGAGAUGAAUUGGUGCUUAAUAAAUGAUUUGAAAACAUCACAUUUUGGAGGAGCAAAGAAGCUGCUGAUCAGCACCCAAAUAUGGCGUACAGCAGUGGGUUGGUUCAAGUUAUAAUAUUUGAGGCUGCUGACCACGAUAAUAUUGGCGGAUCUGCCUAUGGUGGACAGAGGUCUAUUUGUUGCACCUCUGAUCUUGCCAAGCUGGAAGGUUGCAAACAAGGAGAAGUCAUCAGAACAUCUUCGCCAACUGAUAAUAACUGGCCAGUUGUUGUGAAUGUUCAUUUUAGAGGUAACAUGUUAUCCACCCAUAUGAAAAAGAAUAAGGAAGUUAACAUUAAAAGGACUGGGAUGUACAACUUAUUCUUUAUCACAUGUGAUCAGAAACUCAAGGGCAUGAGGGUGAUGGGGAGGACAGUGUGGAAAAAUCCUGAUGGCUAUUUACCUGGUAGAAUGGCCCCCCUGAUGAAAUUUUAUAUAUUUAUGUCCAUCGGGUAUGCUAUCCUCAGCCUCAUCUGGUUCUUUCAAUAUGGGAGACAUUGGAAUGAUGUUUUACUACUACAGCACUGCAUUACUUCCGUUAUUGCUCUUGGGUUGUUGGAGAUGACUUUCUGGUACCUUGACUAUACAUACUUUAACAAAACCGGAACAAGGCCAGUGGGAAUCACCACCUGGGUUGUGACAAUUGGAGCUAUAAGAAGAACUGUUUUUCGCCUUCUUAUUCUUUCUGUUGCAAUGGGCUAUGGUGUUGUCCGUCCAACCCUUGGUGGUCUUACAACAAAGGUGCUGCUUCUUGGAAUAACUUAUUUUGUAGCAUCAGAACUGCUUAACAUCACCGAGCAUGUGGGAACCAUAAAUGACAUGGCAGGGCGAGCAAGAGUGUUUCUGGUCCUUCCCGUUGCAUUUUUGGAUGCCUUUUUGAUCUCAUGGAUUUUCACUUCUCUUUCGAAGACACUAGAGCAACUACAGGCUAAAAGGAGUUCUAUUAAAUUGGAUAUUUACAGAAAAUUUUCAAAUGCAUUAGCAGUUACAGUUGUUGCAUCGGUUGUGUGGAUAGGAUAUGAGCUUUACUUUAAAGCAACAGAUCCAUUCAAUGAGAGGUGGCAGAGUGCCUGGAUUAUCACUGCUUUCUGGGACAUUCUUGCAUUUGCCUUGCUCUGUGUUAUCUGUUAUCUCUGGGCUCCAUCACAAAGCUCCCAGCGUUAUGCAUAUUCUGACGGCAAGGGAGACGAGAUCGAUGAUGAAGAAACCGAAUCCUUAUGUAGAGAAACUCCGAAAGGUAUCUGUUUAGUAAAGCAAGACAGGAAGGAUGACAGCGAGACAUCUGAUCCUGAAGAAGAAACCGAAGAGGGUAAAAGGGAAUGACUCUCAGAUAAUUCUUUCAAAUCAUCUCAUGCAGAGGUCUAAACACAGAGAUAUCAUUGGCAACAAGAAAGGGAAAAACAAUCUGCAGACACUGUCAAGUUUUAAAGUGUAGGUAAAAGGGUGAAAGCAAAUGGUUUCUAGUUUUGUACAAAAUUCCUUGUUUACUCUUGUAUGAUUCCUCUGUUGCUGAGGUCUAUGUGAAUGCGAUUGUAACAAUAUCAUUUCUUGGUUACUGGAUUCUGAUAUAUCUUGACAAUUGCAAUCAAAUGAGCCCCUUUUCUUUCU